CGUUUACAGGGAAGCCCCGCCCCCGGAAGCCUCGGAGUCCUCCGAUUGGCUGCAGCCUGAGUAUUCCCGUCAGCGGUUUUUCCCAACGUCACGUAUAAAAGUGCAGCUCGGGAUGUUGGUGUAGCGGCUUCUCCGGCUGUUUCCAGCAACGCAACAACUGAAAAAGGACUCCCACAGACAGAGGAGCAAUGCGUCAGCCUGUCCUGCUCGCCCUGCUCGGCCUGAGCAUCGGGCUGGUUGUUGGAUUUCCCACUGAGGAUCCGGAAGGUGGAAAACACUGGGUUGUGAUCGUGGCUGGUUCUAACGGCUGGUACAACUACAGACACCAGGCCGAUGCGUGCCAUGCCUACCAGAUCGUCCACAAGAAUGGCAUCCCAGAUGAGCAGAUUGUGGUCAUGAUGUACGAUGACUUGGCUCAGAAUGAAGCGAACCCCACCCCAGGAGAAGUGAUCAACAGGCCCGGUGGCUCCGACGUGUACAAGGGAGUUCCUAAAGACUACACCGGGGACGCUGUGACCCCAGCAAACUUCCUGGCAGUGCUGAAGGGUGACUCCUCUCAAGUCAAAGGUGGCUCUGGAAAAGUGCUGGCGAGCGGUCCUAAUGAUUACGUGUUUGUGUACUUCGCCGACCACGGGGCACCUGGUAUCCUGGCCUUUCCUAAUGAUGAUCUCCAGGUUAAUGACUUGCAAGAUACUAUUCAAUACAUGCACAAAAACCACAAAUACAAAAAGAUGGUGUUCUACAUUGAAGCAUGUGAGUCCGGGUCAAUGAUGAACCACCUGCCUGCUGACAUUGACGUUUACGCCACCACAGCCGCCAACCCUCACGAGUCCUCUUACGCCUGCUACUACGAUGAGAAGAGGGACACCUACCUGGGCGACUGGUACAGCGUCAACUGGAUGGAGGACUCUGAUGUGGAGGACCUAACGAAGGAAACUUUGCUGAAGCAGUUCAAGAUCGUGAGGAGCCACACAAACACCAGCCACGUCCAGCAGUACGGAAACAAGACUCUGGCCCAAAUGAAAGUCAUCGAGUUCCAGGGGAAUCCCUCUACAUACACCCUGCCUUCUACCUCCGCCAACCUGCCACCCAUUGCAAAUCUAGAUCUGAUCCCGAGCCCCGACGUUCCUCUGGCCAUCCUCAAGAGGAAGCUGAUGGUGUCCGACGACAUCCAAGUGACCAAAGGCCUGCUGAUGGAGAUCAACGUCCACCUCAAGCUCAGGGAGAUGAUGGCCGACACGAUGCGCAAAGUGGUGCAGAAGGUGACCGGCGAUGAGAUCGAGGCCGACGAGAUCCUCAACGAAAGAGCAGAGCUGUCCCAGCAUCAGUGCUACCAGGCAGCGAACAAGCACUACAAAUACAACUGCUUCAACUGGCACAAAACCGAGUAUGAAUACGCUCUGAGACAUCUGUACGCUCUGGUGAACCUGUGCGAGAGAGGAUACCCUGCAGACAGCAUCCAGCAGGCCAUCGACUCCGUUUGUGUCUUCAACUACUAAAAGGUUUUCCCCAAAAACCAUUAAAGCCUCCGAUCAAACUGCUUCUUCUGGGAAGAGCCGAGAAAUCCGAGCUUCUCUUUGCACCGCAUAGGAAUCAAUCUGCCGCUGAGUCGUCGGCAUCGUCGUCUUAUGAACACACUAUAACACUUUUUUAAAAGCCUUGUUUUGUGAUUUUACUGAGAAUUUUUACGCAUUGUUUUAUCAUGAGUUGCACUAUCACUGUGAAGAGUUUGUGGAUGACGUUUUACUGCUUCUGAUGUGUUUGAUAUCAAAUAUAAGACAAAAUUGAUGUGAAAUCGUUUUGCUCCUACCUUUAUUCAUGGUACCGAUGUCUGGCAUGUAAAGGACAUAUCACUAAACUAUGAAUGUCUGUCGAACCUCAAGAGAUGUCAAGUUCUUGAAAUAAAAACUAGCAAACCAAAACUGA